AUGGCCAAAAGAGAGACGACGCCUGAUUUUAUGGGUGGUCCGGACAGCGACGCGCCUGCGAAGAAGUUCAUGGCCCCCGAAGACCUGACGGAUAGCGACGAGGCGGAGAUGGAUGUGUCUACCCCUACUACUGCAGACGAACAGGAUAACGACGACGGUACCGCGCAGCCCCCACGCAAGAAACGGGCCAUCGAGCGCGACUCUGAAGCUGCUGCGCCGCCUGCACCAAAGUGGUCCAACCCAGAUCCUUACACUGUGCUGCCGCCAGAAGAAGAAAGGCAAGGGAAGAGACGAGACUUUGUCAAGCUGAUCCGCAAGGCCAGAAUCACCCCUGCUGUCACAUCGACUCCGGAGGUUAGCAGCAACCCUGCAGUGACGAAUGAUGACUUUAUCUCCCUGGGUGUGGAUGAGCCGGAUAAUAGGCCCCCUGAAGGUGCCCCCAGUGGCCCCAGAGCUGCAGAGCUGGAGCGGGGUGAUUCUGCGCUUGGGAACCGCAAGAGGAAUCGAGACGAUGAGAUUACAGGCCCUGCUGUCAGGCGUGGAAAGAAAGGAUCCAAAUUCUUCAAUCUGGAUGGGUCACCACUGGAUAUUUGGAAACCGCUAGAUGGCCAGGAUCCAACGCCUUGGUUCGACCGGUCCAGUGCAGCUUUCCAUAUAGGAACCAUGCUACACAAGGAGAUACUGGACUUCUACCACUGGGUAAAACCUACAGAGUACGAAGACAUUGUCAGACGAGAUCUUAUAUCCAGACUUCAGGCAUGCUUUGGGCAAAGGUUCUAUGGUGCAAAACUAUACGCCUUUGGAUCAUUUGCAUCAGGUCUCUAUCUCCCUACAGCAGAUAUGGAUCUUGUUCUUCUCUCUCGCCAGUUCAUGUCCUCAAAUAGAAAGUACAUCUGUCAGAAAGUCCGGGAAAUAUACAGUUUUGCUGAAUAUAUCCGCGGACAGGGAAUUGCCGUGCCCGGAUCAAUUGAAACAAUUGCCCAUGCGCGUGUUCCCAUCAUCAAGUUCGUGGAUGCUCUCACUGGUCUGAAAGUAGACCUAUCCUUCGAUAACAGCAGUGGCCUGGCAGCCAUUGAUACGUUCAAAGCUUGGAAGCAAGAAUAUCCCGCUAUGCCCGUCAUAGCUUCCAUCAUUAAACAUUUCCUUUUGAUUCGAGGACUCAACGACGUGGCCACUGGCGGGUUGGGUGGUUUCUCAAUCAUAUGUUUGGUCACAAGCAUACUACAGCAUUCACCCCGUGGAAUCGGAGAGCCAAACCUGGGCUCUGUUCUCAUUGACUUCUUUGAAAUGUAUGGCUCGAGGUUUGAUGCUGGCGCCGUGGGCAUACAGUUUGAUCCCCCAGGUUAUUUCAACAAGGCUGCGCGUGGCAUUUAUAACGCAAACAAAGGGACUAGGCUGUCAAUAAUUGACCCCAAUAACCCGGAUAAUGACAUCUCGGGUGGAACCAAAGAGAUUCCACUUAUCUUCCUAACAUUCUAUGAUGCAUACCGAUCGCUCAAGGAGAGCUUAUAUGCCGCUUCAUGCAGACCACGUCACUCCCCAAGCAGCUUGCUUGGAACAAUAAUAGGCGGAAACUAUGAUGCAUAUGAGGAGCAGAGAAAGCAUCUGCGUGAUUUCUUCCUUAGUGAACGUAGGUUUGCUGGCUAUCAUGCCACUGUCGGGUUGGGCAGUCCCCCACCGCCUCCUCCACUGUCUUCUCCUUCUCCCCCACCCCCUCCACCACAUACUGGAUAG